AUGGAGCAAAAUGCAGCCGCCAAAGAGGGCAAACUUCCCCCAAAAAUGCUUCAAAAUUUAACAGAAUUGGCACACGCAUACACACACUUAAACACCACUUUUAACCCUCUUUUGCGGAAGAAAAUGAGCGCAGCAUCGCUCGUAGUAUUCGGAGCCAGAGGAGGCGCUUCUAUUUUGCGCUCUUGUGAAGCUCCUCGUUUUUCCAAAGCAUCCAAGAAAAACGAAGACAGAAUGAUGUGUCCGGAGAGGAGAACGUUGGCUUCUUUGAAUGCUCGAGAAGGAGGAGGACGACGACGACGACGAUCCGCGCGGGCGGCGACGAGGGAACAAGAACAACAAACCGAAGACAACAACACGAACAACAACUCGUUGAACAAAAAAGACGACGAAAGAAUUCCAAUCACCGUUUUAACCGGAUUCCUCGGGAGCGGGAAAACGACGUUGUUAAACCACAUCUUGACGCAAGAACACGGGAAAAAAAUCGUCGUCAUCGAGAACGAGUUCGGUGAAAUCGACAUCGACGGCGAAAUCGUCCACCGAGAGAAAUCGGAAACCGAGGACAUUUUAUUAUUAAACAACGGGUGCUUGUGCUGCUCGGUGAGAGGCGAUUUGGUGGAGAUGCUGACCAAAUUACACGACACACGAAAAGGAGAGUUUGAUCACGUGGUGAUUGAAACGACCGGAUUAGCCAAUCCGGCGCCGAUUAUACAGACGUUUUAUUUAGAGCACGCGCUGUUGGAAAAUUUUCGCGUGGACGGGGUGGUGACGUUGGUGGACGCGAAACACGCGCACUUACACUUGGACGAAGUGAAACCAGACGGGGUGGUCAACGAAGCGUUGGAGCAAAUCGCGUUUGCGGAUCGAAUCGUGUUGAAUAAAACGGAUUUGGUCACGGACGAGACAGAGUUGAACGGGUUACACAGACGCAUAAGGGAGAUUAACGCGUUGGCGGAGAUUCAAAGGGCGACGAAAGCGAAAGUGCCGUUGGAUUUUACACUCGGAAUUGGUGGGUUUGAUUUAGAAAAAGUGCAAGAAGCAGUCAUGGGAAAAGAACAACAACAACAACAACAACAAAAAGAUGGUCACGGACAUUCGCACGACGAACACGAACACGAACACGAACACGGUCACUCCCACGACGCCAUGGUGGAAUCCGGAGAGAUUGAGUGCAACGAUCCUUCGCACUCGCACUCGCACGGUCACUCGCACGACGCGCUCGUCGAAUCCGGCGAAGUCAUUUGCAACGACCCUUCGCACUCCCACUCCCACGGUCACUCCCACACCCACCACGACGAUGCCGUCGGCUCUGUCUCUCUCGUCUUGGACGGUGACGUCGAUUUGGAUAAAAUCAACGACUGGCUCGGCGUUUUAUUAAACGAUCGAUGGGAAACGCUCUUUCGAAUGAAGGGCGUUUUAAGCAUCGAAGGCUGCGACGAACGCUACGUUUUCCAAGGCGUCCACGCCUUGUUCGAAGGCAUGCCAGAUAGGCCGUGGGCGGAAGGCGAAAUAAGGCGCUCAAAGCUCGUGUUCAUCGGGAAAGAUCUCGUCGAAAAAGAGUUAGCGAUUGGUUUCGCGGCGUGUUUGGUGGACGAGAAUAAAAAAAAGCAAAAAGUCGGCGCGCUCGGCGAGCCGCGAUAA